AUGAGUACACCAAUAUAUGCAUGGAGCUUGAUAUAUCUAAGACCGGGUGCAAUGGGAGUCGACCUGUUCUUCCUGGUCAGUGGAUUCAUCAUGGUGUACACCACCCGUUCAUCAGAUGGUUCACUCAAAUAUGUUGCAACAUUCCUAAUCAAACGAUUCGCUCGUAUUUGGCCAGUGUUUGCUAUUAUCUUUGCCAUUCAGAUGAUCUUCACAGUGACAUUCCUACGUGAAUCAUCUUUCUUGGUUACUCCACUAAAGGCCAACGAAGUUUUUAAAACUUUAUUCUUCUAUCCUGUCAACCCCAAAGAUGCUCCAUACUUUGGACAAACAUUUGGACUCGCCUGGACGCUCAACUUUGAAAUCUACUUCUACUUGAUAUUCGGACUUUCAAUGCUUGCCCGUGGUCAGCGAUACACAGCACUCAUGUUUUGGAUUGUGAUCACUCUUGUCUUGUUCCCAAUCAUUCGAACUGGUAAUUGGUCUCUUCUGCCUAACUAUACAGACGACAUGUGGUUUGGAUACAUGAAUCUGAUGUGCAAUCCGAUCAUUUGGGACUUUGCUGUCGGAAUGUUUGGUGGAUUCCUCUAUAUGUCAACAUCAAUCAAGAACAAAUGGUUCUCUGCAAUGUUGAUCCUUUGCAACAUCGUCUACCUCAUUUGCAUCCACCUUAUAUUCCUCGUUUCCUCCUAUGGCUUGGAGACGUCUCUUUCUCAUGGUAUCUUCUCCAUUUCGUGGCCAUUGAUAUUGUAA